GACUUGGCAUAUAGAGAGAAGGAAGAAGAGGAAGAAAAUAAUUUGAAGAUUUUUUGCGGAGAGAAGGGACUGGGAUUUUACUCUGUUGUGGAGUCUGCUGGAAGAAACAAAGUUACUAACGCCAGGCAACUUAACUGAAUGCGUUUUACAUUUUAAGUUUCAGACACAACCUGAAACCCCAAGAGGAACCUCUCCAAGGAGCUGGCAGAUCCAAGCCUGUGAUACAGAUUAUGGUCUGAGCAAUACAGAGGGCAGAAAGGAAAGAGCAGAUUUAUACACUCGUGGUUGCGAUUGCCACAAAUAGAAGCUACAACGCCUGGCAUCCAUGAGACUGUAGCAAAGGACACAGAUUCUGGACCCAUGCCCUCGCCUUCCUUCCAAGAAGCAACUACUGUCAAGAAUCUGAACAAGACCCAGAAGGGUCCUUUUCCACCACGGGAGCUAUUCAGCUUACAGAAACCUGCAGAAAGUGAAUUACUCAACUGAAUUUACAGUUUUAUUUCGUUUUUGGUGACACUAAGUGCCUUGGUCUGUUUCAUGCUGCUAUAACAAAAUACUACAGACCGAGUCAUCUGUGAAGAAUGGAAAUCUAUUUCUCGCAGUUCUGGAAGCCGGGAAGUGCAAGAUCAAGGCUCUCCGUGGAACCAUGAGGCUGAGUCACGUCUGCCCACAGCUGCUGCUGUUUGCAUCCCUGGGCACAGAGCUCUGAAACUCGACCCUGGCAAGGACCAGCCCUAUCCCCUUGGAGGAAAUGGCUGAGCGGCCUCAGCAACAGCAGAUGAAAACUUCCUUCCUCUUCAUCCAGCUGCAGGCCCCCCCUGCCCGUGCUCUCCCCGCCCAGUCUCCAGCCACUGCAGCCUCAACAGCAGCCCCAGGGGGCCUGGAGGAGGGACACAUUUUCCCAAGUCCCAGGACAAACUUCUUGGCAGGCCGGGACCUCAGGCGCACACAGGGCUUAGCUGCUUCUCCUUCAAGCCUGCUGCAUGGGGACGGCCUUGGGACAGUGGAACCAGCUGCUUUCAGUUGCUGUUCACUGAAGGAGAAGGAGGAGGGAAAGUCAAAACCCCAGGACCUGGACCUCAGAUCCCCACGUUGUAGGCACUGCCUGGCCCCUGCCUCUAGGAACCGCGCAUGCCCACAGCCCCUGUCAUGCAGGCUUGCUAGCCCGGCUCCUAUCAUGAACGAUGGAAGCAGCAGUCCCCCCAUGGGCUGGAAGCACUGGCCUGUCUCUUCUGCGCCCCAGGACCUGUGGGGCAUGGACACCCCGGCCCGGAACACCUCUGGAUGCUCGACUCCACAGGCCACCUGGGCCCACACUGUCGACAGGGGUGAAAGGGCUGGGCUGAGGAGGGGUGCUGCCACCUAUCAGGGGCUCCCACAGAGCUGUGGAGAGGAGGCUGGCACCACGGUUCUGGCAACAAGGGCACAGCUCCACAGAUACUGCCCGGCUCUUCAGAUCAGCACAAGCUCCCCGGCCCCACCUGCGGCUCCACCUCUCAAGGCAGAGACGUUCGUUUGGGUUAACAGUGCAUCAGCACAUUCCCAGAGUGUUGCCAAGGCCAAAUACGAAUUUUUAUUUGGCAGAUCUGAAGAGAAGACUCCAGAUACUAGUGAUCAUGGAGGAAGCACUUUACUCCCACCGAAUGUCACAAAUGAAUUUCCAGAAUAUGGGACCAUGGAAGAAGGCGGAGAAGGCCUGAGAACUUCUUUGGAGUUUGAUGCAGAGUCUCUGCCAUGCCACCCGCCAGGGCCACGGGGGGUCCAUCUUCUUGCUGGCCAAGGCUCUGGGCUCAACAGUAUUUCGGAAGGACCAAAAGAUGUCAUUGAAGCCCCCUCUCAAAGUCACCUCAAGGAACAAAGUUUACAAUCCAUUGACUCUCUGAUUUCUGCUCUGAAAGACACAGAAGCCAGAAUAGUUUCAGGAACAUUACAUGCUACAAAGGUACUGGACAAAGAUGCUGUUUCUAGUUUUUCAUUUCAGCAUGUGGAAAAAGAGCUGGACACUGCCAGUCAUAAAACACAGAGAGCCUCCAAGCCAUUCUCUGCGGGCCAGGAACCAUCACCAGAUACACCUCUUCCAGCUGAAGGAACGACUGAGGAAAAUGUUUAUUUGAGCAUCCAGAAAGAUCUGACUGCACUUGCACUAUUAACAGGAGAGACCCAGGCUGAGCUUCCCCGGGUAACUACUACUGGGAGAAAAGGGGCUCUCUGUGCGUCCGAGCCAGCUUAUCCCGUGUCCUCCCUGCGGAGCCCAGCAGUAACCGAUAACUCUGCAGGCAGCGUUGGCUUUUCAAAAGAGCAGAUUUCUGAUGCUAGGAGAGAGCACCCAGGGGGAUGUGAUCGAGGCUCCCUGGGACGUGCAGGCCGGAUCAAGCAUGUGGAAUUUCAAGGGGUGGAAAUACUGUGGACAGAAGGAGGGAAGAGAGAGACACAGGCUCCUGCUGAUUUUGAGACAUCGCCGGCAAGGACAGCCUCUCCUGUAAGCAAAGAGUUUUCCAAAGUGCCAAGCCAUCUCAUCUCAGCUGCUGCUCCCUGCCAUUCAGCUGGUGUAACUGAGCGUGUUUGGGAUGAAACCUGGAAAAUCCCCUCGGAGAGGCCUGGCGCUAGCUCAGGGAGAUUUUCCCCGGUGCCUCUUGCUGAGAGUGGCGAGGAUGAAGUCUUCCUCAAGGAAAACAGACAACAUCUUGAGAAGAGAGCUGAGCUGGAGAGAGACAAGGGAAGAAUCCUGGAGCAGGAGGAGCACCUCAGGGGCGAAGAUGAUGAACUGCUUGGGCCAGGGUACACCGAGGACUCCACUGACGUGUACAGCUCCCAGUUUGAGACCAUCUUGGACAACACUUCUUUGUACUACAGUGCAGAGUCGCUGGAGACACUCUACUCGGAGCCAGAUAGCUACUUCAGCUUUGAGAUGCCCCUUACACCAAUGAUCCAGCAGCGCAUUAAAGAAGGGGGUCAGUUCUUGGAGAGGACCUCAGCGGGAGGACACCAGGAUGUCCUGAGUGUCUCAGCAGAUGGCGGGAUCGUCCUGGGCUACUCUGGCGGGAUCACCAACGGGCUGAAUGAUGCCAGCGACUCCAUGUACAUGAAAGGCCCCCUGGAGAUGGCCUUCUGGGGAAGCAAUGCUGGGUUGAAAUCAACACGACUAGUGGCUAAUUCUGAAAUGGGGAGCACAGAAAUCCUGGAAAAGGAGUCUGCGGAAAGUCUCAGUAACGGUACCAGCAGCAACUUGGAAGCAGCCAAACGACUAGCCAAACGCCUUUAUCAACUAGACAGAUUCAAAAGGUCGGAUGUCGCAAAACACCUCGGCAAGAACAAUGAAUUUAGCAAACUAGUUGCAGAAGAAUAUUUGAAGUUUUUUGAUUUUACAGGAAUGACCCUAGAUCAGUCUCUCAGGUAUUUUUUUAAAGCCUUUUCUCUUGUGGGAGAAACUCAAGAACGAGAAAGAGUUUUAAUACACUUCUCCAAUAGAUAUUUCUCUUGUAACCCAAAUACAAUUGCUUCACAAGAUGGAGUCCACUGCCUUACCUGUGCAAUUAUGCUUCUUAACACUGAUCUACAUGGCCACAAUAUUGGAAAGAAGAUGACAUGCCAAGAGUUUAUUACAAACCUCCAAGGGAUAAAUGAAGGUGUUGAAUUCUCCAAGGAUCUGCUAAAAGCUCUGUACAACUCAAUCAAGAAUGAGAAGCUGGAAUGGGCAGUAGAUGACGAAGAGAAAAAAAAGUCCCCCUCAGAAGGCACUGAUGAGAAGGCCAAUGGAACACAUCCAAAGACCAUCAGUCGAAUUGGGAGCACGACCAACCCAUUCUUGGACAUUCCUCAUGACCCAAAUGCUGCUGUAUACAAAAGCGGAUUCUUGGCUCGGAAAGUCCAUGCAGAUAUGGAUGGAAAAAAGACUCCAAGAGGAAAGCGAGGAUGGAAAACCUUUUAUGCUGUCCUGAAGGGAACAGUUCUUUACUUACAAAAGGAUGAAUAUAAGCCAGAAAAGGCCUUGUCCGAGGAGGACUUGAAAAAUGCCGUGAGUGUGCAUCACGCCCUGGCAUCCAAGGCCACUGACUACGAGAAGAAGCCCAACGUCUUUAAGCUAAAAACUGCCGACUGGAGGGUCUUGCUGUUUCAAACUCAGAGUCCAGAGGAGAUGCAGGGGUGGAUAAGCAAAAUCAACUGUGUUGCAGCUGUCUUUUCUGCACCACCGUUUCCAGCAGCCAUUGGUUCUCAGAAGAAGUUUAGCCGCCCGCUUCUGCCUGCCACUACGACAAAAUUAUCUCAGGAGGAACAACUGAAAUCUCAUGAAGGCAAGCUGAAGCAGAUCACCACUGAGCUGGCUGAGCACCGCUCCUAUCCCCCUGACAAGAAAGUCAAAGCCAAGGAGGUCGACGAGUACAAGCUGAAAGAUCACUAUCUGGAGUUUGAGAAAACCCGUUAUGAAAUUUACGUCGGCAUUCUGAAAGAAGGCGGCAAGGAGCUCCUGAGUCACGAUGAAAACGAGGCUGCGGGACUGAAGAAGUCUCACUCGAGUCCUUCAUUGAACCCGGAGUCAUCCCCAAUCACCGCCAAGGUCAAGCGUAAUGUGUCAGAGAGGAAGGACCACCGACCUGAAACACCAAGCAUUAAGCAAAAAGUUACUUAGGAUCCACUCUGCUGCCAGGAAGUGCUGGUCAUGGAGCAAAAUAGGGUUUUUCAAGAUAUUUCUGGUAAUCCGUGAAUAUAUUAAAAAAAAAAAGUAUGUGACUAAAUGGUGCAUUAGUAACUUUUUAUAUUGUAUAUUUUUGUUAGUUUCUGUACAGGUUGUCUUCGCUCUUGAUUUCUUUGCUUUAAUGAUUUUUGCAAUUUGAUAACUAAUGCACCUUUUUUUGUGAGGGGGAGAAGAUCGUGAUUCCAGAAUGAAUUACGCAUCCCUUCUCCUUUGGUUUUUCUCGUUUGCACUCUGCUCAGUUGUUUUAUGUAUUCUCAAAUCCACUGUUAUAUUUUUUUUAAAGGUUAAAAAUUUAAUCCAUUGUGUAACACUUAACUGGACAAACUUUGUAGUUUAGUAAAUUCUAGCCAGAGUUAAUAUAAGCCUUUAUAUGUGAAAUCUUGCCCAGUCACGGAGGUGAAGUUGAGUCCUCACAGAUGCUCAAGUGAGAAUUACGAUGCUGGGGAUCGAGAUGUUUCUGUGGGAUGCAGCUCUGCGUGCACCCCAGCACUUCUUGCUGAGUUCUGACCCUGCCAGAAGCAGGGGAAGAGGGCAUGAAAGGUCACAGGACUGGAGAACCUAGGGACACACAUUAGCUUGCUUGAAGUGUGGAUUCCCUUCCAGUCAAGCAAGGCAAAAAGGAAGAGAGCCGUCUUGCCACUGAAGGCUGAGGACACAUUGAUACUAAGCAAAUUUUGUUUUCUAAAUGAUAGUGGCAAUUGUUGGCUCUUGGGAGCUGCAGCAAUAGACAUGUGUUUGGUCUGCAGGAAAUUGUUACCUCACUCCCAUAGGGUCUAGACUAGGAAUCCAGAAUCAUCUCUAUCGUUGAUACCUUUCCAUCCAGGAAUAUAUUCUUUUUUGCUCUACAUAUAUAUAUAGGCAUGAUGUCAUCUCCUGGUUGUAAGAAUGUUGGGGUUUUCCUUCAUAACAGAAUAAUGUUGAAAAUGGAACCCCUUUUGCUCUUUCCUUAGUCAAGACAAAAUAAUGGAGCAAAAAGCAGCUGCAGCUGUUCAACAGUGGAUAUAGAUUCCCUAAGCUAAAUCCGAAAGUGAAGUGUGGAUGAAUUGUGGUUAGAAAAUGGGGGAAUCUUCUGAUUGCAUAUGCAGAGUUUCUUAGUUUGUUCUUAUGCCAGUCUCUGGACAGCCAUUUUAUUCUGUUACUGUUAAACUUGCUCCUAAAAUUUUUUUUAACCUAUUUUAAAUCAUUUCUUUCUGUAUACUCAAAAUAGUUCUGUUCACCUUACAGUCAUGAGCUCGUUCCAGUGACAGUCCCUUUGAAAUUCUGGGAGAUAAACAGAAUAUUCUCUUGUAAAGGAACAGAAGGGAGUGAAUGUUGAGUCCCCAGUGACAUAAAGAACUUUUAGAUUUCCACACCUUGAAACUGUUCCCUGAAGCUGUCAUCUUCCCAAACCAUCCAGCUUCAAAACCGACAGUAUCACUUUCCAUGUUCUUUUCCCUCCCAUAGGAAUUUUCUCUACUUUUCCUUAGUUUAUUAUUGUAGGUACUGGGACCAAAGCAUCUGCUGCUCUGCAUGAAUAGCACAGUUCCAGUGGACUAGAGAAAACCUACUAAGACAUCACGGUAGUUUCUAGUGAUAUAUUGUUACAAUGUACUCACAUUUAGUCACAGGAUUAUUUAUUAAUGUUUACUUCCUUCACCUGUGUACAUGUGCAUAUUUGCUGGUGUCCAGAGAAGAGCAACCCUCUCUGAGGUGGCAGUUGCUUGCUUUGUGGUAUUUUGCCACACCUUUGAAAAACUGACUCUAACCUGGUUUAGGUAAAAAGCCGUGGCUACAUUUAUGUUUCAGAACCGUGAAGCAAACACGGUAGUUACCAGUGUGAUCCAUAUACCAGAAUCAUUUUCAUAGCUUCUGAAUCCAAGAUUUCCACAAGCAAGUUGUCUUUCCUGCUAGAAUCUGAAAUAUCAGUGUUUGUUUUCUGCCUCAAUAUUUGUACUAGAUGAGGAGAGAGAGGUACCUAGAUCCUGUCGUCUAUGAACUUCAGUAACUGAAGAGAAAUUAGAGUCCCUGACUGGCUUGAAUGUGUCUGCCCACCGUGUGUGUCUAUGUAUAUAGGAUGUUUGUGUGUUUCACUUAGAGUUUAUAAUGUACAUUGAAUGGUACCUUGCUGCAGUAUUGGUUAUACUUGGUUAGCAUUAGCACCACCACAGCAUCUUCUGUUAGGAGACUCACUGAGGUUAGCUCCGGGGACUCCGGAUACGCUAGUAGGUAACCCCAUGACAAGGGCACUUUUGAGGCUGCAGAAUGCCACAUUUGCAUAUUUAUCUUUAAUAACAAUGUGGAGGCUCUUUUGUGAGCCAGGAUCCCGUGUGGUGCUGCUGACUGUCUUCAGGGGAUGAGCCUAGCGUGCCUCCUCUUCCCUGAGGCCUCUGGAAGGAGCUGUGUUUUCAGUCUCUGUAGCAAGACUGAGAGUUUGUCCCAUGGCUGGAAAUGGCCCCUGACUUGACGGGAUUCCGAGAGUCAGUCUGUAGCCAACCACAGUUUCUUUUGUGAUAAUUUCUUUCCUGUGGUUUGAAGAAAUGGAAGAUGUUUCCGUUCACAGUGACUCCCAGCCUGUUGCCCAAUUCACGGUACAGGGGAGCUCUUCUCCUCCUCUUCUUUUAAAGGUACUUCCCCAGCCCCCACCCCCACCCUCCCCAUACCUCCUGCUCACCCCUACCUCAGUGCCCAGGACCCUUGGGGUUUCUCUCCAUGUGGGAAAUCAUUAUUCCUCAUCACAUAAAUACAUUUUAUAUUAAUUCCUACUGUAGAAAAUUUUGAUAAGGUAUCAGAAUACCAUUGUGAUAGUCUUGGUGCAAAGCUGACCAUGAAAGUGGCCCAUGUAUAAAAUCUGUGGGGUUGGGGGUUUGCCCCCACCUAACAUGCUGGCUCUUAUAGGGAGGUGUCAGAGAGUUGUUAUCAAUCAAAAUUAGUUACUGGCACGCAGAGUCCUUAUUUUAUUGCCAGACCAUAGGCAUUUCUGUAGUGUUCUUUUUACAAACAUCAUUGACCUUAUUCUAAUAAUGUCUAAUUAGACAAUACUUUUGUGCAUUUUAAUUAAUCUUAGUAAAACCAACAUGUGUUGGGGGGGAAGUCCUGAUAAAAAUAAUUCCUGGAUUAUUUGAACCUUUUUUGACUGCUCUUAGGUAAAGAGAAGACAUUUUCUCAUGCGGCAGUCUUAUGCUACUUGUCAGAACCUCUGUGCUUUUGUGGUUACCCUAAUCCAGAAGGUGAGGACCAUUUCCUAGAUAGAGGAGCCAUUAGAGAACUAAUUCUGGAAGAGGAAAAUCUGGUUGGUUUUCAGAUUUGUAUUCUACCCUGUGGCCAAACCACAGAACUUUGUGAAAUUGGGGGAGAAUUUACAUGACCAUCAAGGAAAGAGGCCCUGGGGAUGCCUAAGCACCAAAUUACACAGAGUCUGGGACUGCUCUGUGCCUGCUCCUGCCUUUAUCCUGAGAUAAGACAGAGCCUGGCCUGGCCUGGCCUGCCCGUGGCACCUCUUCUCUUUUUACCUAAACCUUGGCAACUGGAAGGAAAUUGACCUUAUAGACAUCAAGUUCUCUCCUGCCUUCCUGUCAAGGCUGCCUUGGGUUUAGUUUAGUUACUUGCCCUUGGAGUUUGAAUUCUUUGGCAUUUUUCUUUAGUUAUCAGUUAAGCUUAUUCUGGCCUCAGUGCAGUAAGUUCCUUUGCUUUGUUAGGCCUAAAUCACCACAGUUUGGCUGUGGUGGACUCGAGUUUUUAGCAGGUCUCCAGCUAGUCUCCUUCCUUACCUUUAGCAGAGAACAAUCCUUUUAGUUUUCAAAUGACAGAAUUCUUUUUCCAAGUGUAAAACUAGCCCUGAAAAACAGUGAACCAAAGUGGCCUCCUAGCACUUGUCAAAAGAUGAGCCUAAUUUAUGAAUGAUAGUGCUCAGCUUUGGAUUUCUGUAGUGUCUGUUUUCAUUUCAGAGCAUCUAAGUUAACUCAGAAACAGAUCAGUCAGAGGCACAUGAGCCCCAGGGCCUACCCAGCUCCAAAACUUUCUAGCUUUUUCCCCAGGCCAGGCUGCUGGUUUGCCCCCGGGUCAGCAGAUCUCUCUCCAACUCUUCUGACAUCUUAUGCCAUCAGGUCACCUGGAGGACUUUUGAGAUCACCACAAAAUUAUCCCAUGAUAGAUUAUUGAUAGUGAUAGAGAGGUGCUUUGUCACUGUUUGUCCCCUCAGGAUCCCUUUUCGAUUUCUCACCCUUAAAAGAAGGAUUGAAGUCCAUAGGCAUUCUCCAUUUGUAUGUAUAGGAUCCCAGACCCGAGCAGGGGCAGCCUUCUGCUUAGGACAGUAAUUGGCCCAUUGCAUGUAGAGAAAAUGUCCUCAUGGAGAACGGCAGUAAAUACUUGAAUCUGCAUGACAGUUUGUCAACUUGAAUGCAACAGCAAGGAAACAUUGCAAGUUAAUUGUACAUACAAGUAGUUUUCCUUAGGUCUCUCUGGCUCAUCCUUUGCAAUUUAUGCGUGUAUCUGUUGUACUACAGGCUUGUGGAAAAUAUUUGUGUAGACAGUAUGUCAGAUGUCAAAGAAAAUGCUUUCUGUCACCUGCCAACGUUGUAUUUGUGGAUAUUUAUAGUUGUAUGUAUGUACGUGCAUCUGUAUAGAUUGUAUAUCAAUGUGUGGUAAAUGUACAUCAAAAUUAUUUUUGUCCUUAAUAACCAGUGUAAUAUGAAAAGCAAGUAAAAACCUCAUAGGAUUGAUUAUAUGGUACAGUUGUUGAGAGUACAUAUAGUGGUAUUGUUUUAUUAAACUUAAAUUUAAAUAAUAUUUUGAUUAAAAUUUUAAUGAGACUAUAGAAAAUUCCAUCUUUGAGCUUUGAAUAACUGGGGCAAAAAUGACUUUGAACUAAUUUAUGAGUCUAUUGACGUGUACAGUGUGCAAUACUGAGGGGGUCACUUAUUGUAAUUUGGGAAAUAUAGAAAGAAAAGGGGAGGAAGGCAGCCUGUACAGUCUUCGUGACUUUAGCAGUAAGAGCACUUAACCGUAAUGUUGAACUGACAAUUUUGGGCUUAUUACAAAAUGUGAUGCUUUUCGAGCGCACUUUCUUUAUUGUUGUAAUUAGUCCAGAAAAAAAAUAUAGUUUUCAAAAUUAAGCAAGUACCCACUAUACCAUUUAUGUACCUGUGUAUAUCUUAGAAUAGAUGAUACCACUCUCCUGGUGCCGCAUCCUUACCCUCUUUAAAGAAAUAUCACAAACACUGAAGUAUAUCAGGGCAUCCCAAGAUUGGGUACUGUAUUCCAGGUUCGUAGGUGCACAAAUCAGCAGCUAGUGUCACAGGUGAAAGGACUUUAGGACCAGGUUAAAACUUUAUUUAAUAUUUUUAUACUUAGGUCUCUUUUUCCUGCCUCUCCCCAAAGAAGAGCCACUGGCCUUAGUUGUUUGACCUUAUUGCUUAUAUUAUAGAGUGUAAAUAAAUAACUAGAGACUAAAAUUUUAUUAACCAGCAUGUUUGGUGUAUUUAAAGCAGCGACUGAGUGUGUCUGAGUGAGUGGCUGAGUGCAGUGUCUUUUGUUUGAACACGCUGCCUCAUGUCUUUGUAUCUGAUGCAGAGAAUUGGAAUUGUGGGGAGGGAGAUAAAUCUCCAGCUCCAGGCUGCAGUAGUGUGUUGGUAGGUACACUUGAGUUUUUUAUUAUUAUUAACUCUACAGUCUCAAACUAUUUUUGCAAAUAUAUUUCCUAAUUUGUUCUUGACGUGCAGUGGACUGGCUCUCCAAUUGAUCGGCAGGGUCUUAGUUCUGCAAGAGAAUUUCCUUGUAAGAAUUAUUUGUGAUUUGCAAAAAAAAAAAAAACAAAAAACAGCCAUUUGAUUCAGAAAUCAUAUAGAAAAGGAGUAGUAGAAAUAAAAAGUUUUAUUUUGGGCCUUAGUCAUUUGAAAUGUUUGGAUUUUAAUGCAAAGCCAUGGAGGUUACAUAUCCAAGUAACUAUUUGACAUGGGUAAUAUCCACUCUAUAGAGAGUAUAUAUGCACAUUGAAUUUUAAUGCUAUUAGGAUACUAUUUGUAAGCUUUAGGAAUAAGCAUAAUUAGACCAAAUGAAGUGGAGGGGGUGAAGUGGCUGCCUUCUGUGGGGUAGCCAUUGCAUGUGUUCAGUCUUCUGCUCCUAAGAGAUUCAGAACCCAUUUAUGGUCCCCUUAGGUAUAUAAGGGGAAAGUGGAUACAUCUGGGACCUCAUCUGUGUACACCUGCUUGGACACAAGCACACACAGUGAAUGUUUUAAGUGAUAAAAACAUAAGACCUUAAGACACACCGGGCCAGAGUGCUUUAGAGAGGUAAGGAACAAAGAGGGAGGAAGCCGCACCACAAAUGCUCUCCAAGCACCAGGGAGGAAUCGGAGCUCUAGUGUCUGACUCUGAGAUGCACUGCAUCUGUAACAGAGAACAGGGUCAUGUGUUACAUCCUUCCUGGUGGGUGGGCCACCAACAUUCCUGUAGGUCACAAGCAGCAGCAGCUCUCCAGCUCUCCUCAGUAGCCUGGGUGAAAAGCCAGCAUGCACCACUUUCCAGCAUGGCCAAGCUGCUUGCUCUGCAGAUCGUUCCAUUGAGCAAGAAGCACAAAUGGAGAAGCCACCAAGCAUGUAGCCUAGGAGCAGUAGAUGAGGAGUGUCUGCCCUCGUCUCCACGCUGUAUUGGUGAGAGCCUGCAUUGAGGAUGGAAAUGGGAAGGAACCUAGCAAAAACACAUUUCCCUUUGCAGGGUGGAGAGCUGAGCUCUCAUAGUAUUAUAAAAAUAAGCACCUUAACUUCAAUUCCUGAAAACAUUGGUUAAUGGAGAGAAUUUUGGAGUUUUACUUAGUAUUUCCUCAUCAAUCUGCGAAAGUCUUUGGAUGCUCCUAGAAGAGUCCCAGCCACAAGGCUCAAUGAAGGACCACACUGCAGGUCUGAGGCUCACCGCUCUGAACCCUGAAUCCCAGGGUACUGCAGAGGGUGACGUGUGCCCUCUCUGGAGCUUCUCCCCUGGCCUUCCACUCCACUUGGGCUUCUACUGAGCAACAAGCACAUCCUGGGUUUCAAAUGCUUUAGGAAUUCCUGUGAGCUGACCCUGCUGAGGCAAAAUACCAACUCGGAGAGUGACUGAGUCACUGAGGGUGGCACGUGAAAAUGGUAAUGAGAAAAAUUCUCUGCCUGAAGUUAGGUCCUGGUAUUUUGCCUUUUUAAGAAACAAACUGACACUUUGAGCUCUAAGCAGGGUUAGGUGAUACUUUUGCCUUUGUACCCAGAUUGAUUUUCAUUUCUGUGGAAAGGGUCAAGCAACACUAAACUUGCUCAGUAAUUCUGCUCUGUCCAGGUGAGAGCUGUCGGGUAAAGGCCUCCAUGCCUCCCUGCAUCCUCUUCUACCUCAAGUUUUAGGAACCCAUUUCUAGAACAGAAAUUAACACAAGUAGAGAACCCAUAAUGUCAGCCUUGGUUACUGUGGGACACACCGAAGGGUAGUAGUUUGUAUCCUUCAGCAUAAAAUAAGAUUUUAAAUUUCCCAACCUAGUAACUGGAUUAUUUCCACUGUGGCUGAAAGGAGUUAACAAUGUGGAACAUUCCUUUACCUUCAAAGUUUUCUCCACCAAUCACUUCAGUUUCAUUGCAGUCAUGGUGCCAUAUGUCCCCUGCAAAUUGUGAAAGUAAUUAGUGACAAAGUAGCAGCCUACUCCUUUUCAGUGGCCAGACUGUCAGCAUGAGCAGGUUGGGGUAAGCCAGUGGUACCGUAUCAUAUACUGGAAACCUGUUCCGCAAUAUUACCCACCAGAUCCCAGAAGUGCCAUCUAGAAAUCCGUGGCAUUUAUGGUGGUCAUCUUUUGAACGGAACAGUAGUUUAUGUGGAUAUUGUUAAAGUGUUUAAAGUAUAUUUUGAAAAUUAAGUUUACAUUUUACAAUUGCUUUAUUUUUUAUUAAAAUAGUUGUAUAUAAAUAUUACCCUAUUUCACUGUUAUUAAAGUAAAGCUUGUAGACAAGUGGGUCACCUGACAUGUAUAGAAGCUGUGAUAUAUAUAGUACAUUUCUCUAUUGUGUAAAUGUUCAAGAAUAUAACUGUUCCUGUUGUUUUUAUAAGUUGGGGGUAUUUUGUUGUUUUGCAGCAACAAAAUGUUAUUGCAUUUAAAAUGGUUUUUAUGUAACAGAAAUCAUGCAAAAUAGUGAAGGAUUUAAAAUAUGUAUAUGGUAUAUGUAAAUGUAUAAACUUCAGAAAGAAAUAAAUCCAACAGAUUUCAAUCAUUUGGGGGAUGUUUUUAUUUGCUUAUUUAAGCAACUAGAAUUAAACCUUAAAAAAAUAAAAAUCAGAACACCCUGCACCUCUCCAUGAAAAGACAACCGUGAUCCCCAAGGUGAACAAUUGGCCAUGGUAGUCAAAUGAGGUGGUGGUAACCCAACACCUCCAUGGACUUCUGUGAAGAUUUAUGUUUGCAAAAAGGUGUUGAUGGACACUGCUGGACUCCAGGGCCUCUUGUCAUAAAUUGGGGGAGGGGAGGGCAUUGAGCAGGGGGGAGGAUCAAAUGAACUUUUUGAAACCAUUUCAAGACUCAUUUGCAUUCUCAUUUACUUUUCAUCAAAGCAAAGGGACCAUGGAGUCAAUUAUUGUCCUGAAAUGCAAAUGCUAAUCCCCAAAUCAACUGCUUUAUUGUGGCUAGUAUGUACCUUUGUGUUCUCUGAUGAAACCUAAUGUUAAAAAUAAGAUCUGUUGACUUGGAAAAUGAAAAAUAAAAAUUCCUCCCAAACUGCUGAA